AUGGCCUCAGAAGAAUACCCUACAAGCGUCUCUGGCGGAUGUCUCUGUGGCUCAGUUCGCUACAGGCUGACAUUUCCAUCUGGCCAUGACUGGAAGAGAAGCGUUCGUCUCAUUUCCCGUUUCUUAGAUUUCACUGAACUAACCAUCGCCUGGCAGUGCUCAACUUGCCAAUGCUCCCAGUGCCGUAAGAAUGGUGGCUCUCUCAUUGCAUGGCUUCAUUCAGUCCCUACUUCCAGCGUAGAGUUCACCUCUCAGACGACGCUAUCGCGGUACCGCGCCUCACCGGAAGCAGCACGGGGCUUCUGUUCCAGUUGCGGCAGCUGGCUCUUCUGGCGCAAUGAAAAGUCGGAAAAGAUUAGCAUGUCUGUUGGGACGUUUGACAAAGACGACCUGAAAAUUUGGGGCCGGCAGUUAUCCUAUUCGGAGGUCCAUCUUUGGUCCGAGGAUGCGAUCGAGGGUAUCACGGAUCAUUUGCCCGGUGAGAAAUGGAAGUAUGAUGAUCAAGGAGAAGGGGCCGAGAGGAUAGCAUGA